GGGAAUUAUUUGGGAUAAACCAUGGGAGUAGUGGCUUGGCAGGCAUGGAUGGAUGAACACUGCCCGCCUGGCAAAGCAAGGCAUCCACACCAACAAAGCUUGGUGUUGGCAAUGUUGCCCGACUUCGCCAGAAAGAGGCUAGGAAAUGAACUUGAUUCUCGGAAUAGUGUUGUUUGAUGCUAACCAAAGACUGGAAAUGCUGUCAGAAACUAACCAGAAGUGUUGUCUUGGUCACCAUCGGCCACUUGCAGCCAUAUUUAAUGCAAAGGUGGCUUUGGAAACUAUUGUAAAAGAUUGCUAUCUGCCUAUAGAAUCUUCCAAAAUCUUGCGUGGAGCCUGGGGAACUCACCAAAUCCUGUGCAGAUGUUGUUUUUGUCGGCUGCACUCAAGCAUCUCCUCAAAGAUGGGAGUUCAUAUGGCUGGGGACAUUGCCAAAAAUAUACAAUUUCUAGUUAA